UUUACUUAGUGUAUCCGUGUGAGGCUAUCGAAUAUCGUGAGAGUUUGCUUGAGCAUAAAAAAGACGCAUUUUCAAUAUGGCUGAAAAUUGGAAUUUGAGUUGUGUGGAACCGCUUGACGACACAAAUUAUUUCCUGUGGAGCGAAAAAAUAGAAGGAAUCUUAAGGGCAAAGAAACUUUGGAAAAAAGUAAUGAAUGUGAAGCCAACAGACAAACCAGAAGAAGAUGAUGAAAGAUAUGCGGAAAAAUUUAAGCUAUGGAAUGAAUGGGACGAUGAUAACUACGCCGCACGUACAGUCAUGAUAAACACGAUGAGUAAAGCUCAAUUAUUGAAGUACAGUCACGAAAAGGAUGCAAAUAAAUUAUGGAAUCUAAUUAAAAACAAUAUGGCAGCGGAAACUGAGCAGUUGAAGGCGAGAUCAUUAAGUGAAUUGUCAAAUCUAAAAAUGAAUAAGGACGAAAGUGUAGAUGCGUACGUUAAUAGAGCGGAAGCUUUGAGAAACCAAUGAGGACAACUUGGUAAAAACAUAGAGGAUUACGAAUUGAGGAUGUAUAUUAUACGAGGACUAAAAUCUGAAUUCGAUCAGAAUGUACGAGUGUUUGAAACACAGAGAGAGCUAACCAUAAAUGACAUAAGAUAUGCGUUAAAACAAGAGGAAAUACGAAGAGACAAACAUAAAGAUGAAAAAACAUCGAAAGAAGAAUAUGUAAGAAAAGCCAGAGAUAAAUCAAGAAAUAACUAUACAUGCUACAAUUGCGGAAUGAGUGGUCACAAAUCAAGCGAAUGUCGUAACAGGAAGAAGUGCUUUAAUUGCCAGGGAUACAAUCACAUCGCGGUUGAUUGCAGAGAACAGAAGAGAAACGUUUCACGUGGAAGAGGAUUUAGAGGAAUCUCAAGAGGAAGAGGAAGAGGACGUAGUCAAGGAUAUAAUGAAAGUACAUUAAAAACUACAGAUGAAGCGGUAUUAACUGUAAGAGAUCGAUCACACAGGACGAUACAAGAGACAUUGGCUGACAAAGAAGGAAAAAAACUAACCUCAGAUGGUCGAGGUGAAAUAGUAAUAAAACAGAAUUUUAAUGAAGAUAGGAUACGGUUAAGAAAUGAACAAGGAUGAGAUAAAAAUGACAG